AUGAGCGAGGAAGAGAAAGAGAGCGAUCAGAGCGAAGAGGAUGAUGGUGAAGACUCUGAUCAAAGCGAAGAGGAUGACGAAGAGGAGGAGGAAGACGAGUCUAGUGCAUCAGAGCAAGAAGAAGAAGAUGAUGAUGAUGACGGCUCAGAGGAUGAAGAUGAAGAAGAUGCAUCAUCGCCAUCUGAGUCAGAAGAAGAGGAAAAAGAAUCAGAGAAGAGCCCGUCAAUCUUGAAGAAGUCCAAGGGCACAGAGCCUGAGAAGAAAGAGAAAGGCCACAAUAAGGGCAAAGAGACAGAAGAGAAGAAGGGCAAAGAGAAAGAAGGCAAAGAGAAAGAAGAGAAGAAGGGCAAAGAGAAAGAAGAGAAGGGCAAAGAGAAAGACGAGAAGGGCAAAGAGAAAGAAGAGAAGGGCAAAGGGAAAGAAGAGAAGGGCAAAGAUAAGAAGACAGAUAAGGAAUCCACAAAAGGCAAGAAGGAGAAGAAAGAGAAAAGCGCCAAGGAGACGGAAGAUCAGAAGAACAAGAAAGAUGAUGGCAAAGGAGGGAAGGACAAAAAAGAGAAGGAUAAGAAUAAGAAGAAGAAGAAGGACAAGAAGAAGCUUGAAGAUGCAGAGGGCAGAGUCAAUUCAUCCACGCACCAUACACAAUGGCAAGCCUACAAGCGGUGGAUCAGGAACAAGAAACGCUUUCCCAGCUCCCUGGCAGCCAAAAUCAACACCAACGAAGGCCGCAGCGAGCUUUUCAAGACUUGGGUUGAAUGUGGGGGGAAAGAGAAAGAGGUCAUCCUAAGGUGCACCCAAGAACUCGAAGAAGCAAACCGUUCAGAAGUGCGGUAUGGCUUUCGAUCGGAAAAGUGGCUUGCUGACAACCAUGGCCAAAAAAAGGCAGACAAAAUCAUUGAAAGGAAGAAAAGCCAAGGCCUGUUCAUCAGUGACCCAGAGUGCGAAGACGAACAGCUCUUUUUCGUGCUCGUCAACAUCGACAUCAGCAACAUCAAUGAACUUCGCAGGAUUACCCAAAUGGAGGUGAAGGGCGGGGUGUCAUCGGAGAUGCUCAAAGCCUUUACGGACCAAGGGGGCGUUUUGGAUCCCAAAGCUUUGAAGGUUGGGGACUUUGACAAGUCUGGAGGGAUGGCAAAGGCGCUGGAGUUCGCAGAUGUGGGCAACAAGAAAGGUGGCAAGAAGAAUAAAGGCAAGAUCACGCAGGGAGAGAACAAAGAAGAAAAGAAAGAAGAGGGUCAGGUGGUUCCACGAACGCCGCUUGAGCUGGCAACGAACCUGAUCACCAAAGUCCUGAAGGAUGCCAACACAUGCCGGGACAAUGCAUGUCGCCUACAGCCGCUGGAGAUGAGUGACCAACUCAUUAAACAACUUCGAGCGGUCGAGCAUGGACUUCAAGAGCAAGCAGGCAAACUCCAGGAGCUGGUCAACAAGGGGAAGAACAAGGGUAAGCACUACAAGGAGAUCACGGCAGAGGUGGAAACAUUGACCCAGCUCGCAAAAGAGAAGGUGGAACUUGCGAAGGCUUUGCUUCGCGCAAGUGUCAAAGCAAAGACACCGGCGCCUAAGGCAAAAGCUGAAGCAAAAGCGGAACCCAAAAGAAAGGGUGGUGAAGAGUCCUCAGGUGCAAGCGCAAAGAAGAAGAAAGAGUGA